UACCUUCUUACCUCACCUAUUUCCUUUAUCUCAUAGUUAGAAAUAAUUUAUCCUUGUAUCCUGAACCAUACCAGAAUGGACGGGGACAACGCAACUGAACAGAAAUCCAACGAUCAAAAUGAUGAGAGUGAUGCAUCGUUCAUUGGAGAUACUAGCGAUAUUAUCCCGCAGUGCACCGUAACAGACAGCUUAGGUGUUAUGGUGAAAGAGACACCGACUGACGAAUUAAGAAAUAUGGUUUUGGAAAAUGUUAGAUCACGAUCAAUUAAAGAUGAUAUGGAGUCUACCAUGGUAGAAGUUGACAGUGAUGAGUCCAGAUCAGAGGACAUGCAAGAUGAAGAACAAGAUGAGAGAGAAGAAGAGUUUUCUUCUCAUGGAGAGGAUUCUGACGAGUCUGAUGAAGCUGGUGAAGAAACAGCAGAAGAACUAUUCAGAAAACUUUCUGCAGAAAAUAGAAUCGCUCAUCGAAUUAUUGAUGAUAAUGAUUUGCCACCAACUGUGUCACUCUUACAUGGUGAUAAAGGGCAGAAAGUUUAUUUGAUCGGCACAGCACAUUUUAGUAAAGAAAGUUGUGAGGAUGUGCGGAAAGUAAUAUCUCAAGCUCAACCUGAUGUCGUUAUGAUUGAGUUAUGCCGUGGCCGCACUGAUCUUCUUAUAAAUGACGAGGAAACACUGUCUAAACUUGCCGGUGAUGCGUCAUUUGAUAAAGUAUUGACUCAAGUCAAACGAAAAGGUCUUGUGUCAGGUUUAAUGACGUUUCUACUUCUACAUAUGUCAGCCCAUAUCACGAAACAACUUGGUAUGGCUCCGGGUGGCGAAUUUCGAGCAGCAUAUCAAGAGUCUAGAAAAGUGCCUGGAUGUAAAUUACUGUUCGGAGAUCGUGCUGUUGAAGUCACACUACAAAGAGCUUUUGGAACAUUUUCAUUAUGGCAGAAACUUAAAUUUGCUUUUUGUGUUUUGAAAGAUCUUGGACCAAUCAAAAAAGAGGAUAUAGAAAAACUGAAAGAGAAGGAUAUGCUUGAACAGGCAUUGGGAGAAAUGAUGGGAGAAUUUCCAGAAAUGACAAACGUAUUUCUUGCAGAGAGAGAUGUUUAUCUUGCCCAUUCGCUUCAAUUAGCAGCUGGAAAUGAAAUUUGCACAGAAACUGGAUCAAAACCAACAGUUGUAGUUGGAGUCGUAGGACUCGGUCAUGUAGGUGGAAUCAAAGAAAAUUUUCCCAGAGAAAUUACUUUAGAAGAAAUGAACAAAUUAAUGGAAGUUCCUCAAGAAUCGAGGAUGAAGAAAGCGAUAAAAAUGUGCCUGAAAUUAUCAUUUGUUUUUGGUUUGGGUUAUGGAUUGUAUAGGUUUACAUCUUGGACAGGUGUAUUCCAAUAUCUGUACAGUACAGCAGUUGACAAAAUAAAUAUAACAAACACGUCGAAAAGCACAGAACUUUAAAAUUACUUUAACCUUUAUUGGCUGAAGAACUGUCCAUCAGUAAUAUUAUCGAAGAAACAUGUAAUGUAUUUAUUUUUAAAUUGAAGUUUAAAGGAAGCAAUGUGUCUAUAAUCUAUCACUGAAGCCAACAAAUUUGGAUGGACUGUUCACCAUGAUAAAGCUGAGCAUUUUCCGCAGGCCCAUGCAUCUGAGACAAAUAUCUGUUUAAAUGUCUCAUACCCUUAUAAACUGUUAACCGGAUCAGAGGCUGUGGUUUGUCAUAUGAUUGUGCCAGUGCAUCAGUUUCUCUCUCUUUACUUGCCGAUUAGGUGAAAUAGUUUUUAAACAUAUCUACACUUUCCUCCGUUUAGUCCCACUAACAAACAGUAUAUUUUGAAUUUUUUAACAAUUUGAACUUUGCUAUUUUGUUUUUUCCUGCUUAUAUUGCUCCAUGUUAUCUAUCGCAUGCUUCAACAAAUGCUUUAUUUAUAUUAAUCAAAAAUCAACGUAUACUCUCUUCAAGCGUGACAUUAAAUUCUGCCUGAAUAUUUUUGCUUUGUGCAUAUUUUUUUUAUAUUUACUGCUGAAUUCGUAAAACACUGAAACCAAUCUAUUUUCAUCAUCUGUAUCAGUAUAUUGCUACUCAUUCAGUUUGAACUAACUGAUGAAC